AUGAAUAACCUCAGUGCAGCAACAACCGCCGUAUCGAAUCAGAAUCAACGACAACAGCGACGGGCAAUAAUCCACGUGUUACCAGACGAGGUGGCGUUACGAGUCGUCUGCCACGCGUCAGUUAUAGGCGGCAUAAUCGGAUCAAACGGCUACGUCGUCUCCACGCUCCGGCGCGAGACCGGUACCAAAAUCCACUGCGAGUCUCCGGUGAACGGUUCCGAUCACUGGGUCGUAUUCAUCGUCGGAUCAACCGCCGUUAACAAAAGCUUUCUGUUGACUGACAGAGUCGGAGGCUUCGCCGCCGGUGAACACGAGGGUUGGGUGACUUGCGAGGUCUCCGCCGCUCAGAUGGCGCUGAUCAGGGUUUUGGAGAGGUCGUGGGCCGUUCUGGCGGCGAAGGAUAGCGGCGGAGUCGUGGAGGGGGAUGAUAAAGAAGCUUACUGUGGGAUUCUAGCCGAUCGGAGUCAGAUUGGUGCUGUUUUGGGGUUGGGAGGGAAGAGCGUGGAGUGGAUGCGGAGAAACUCCGGCGCUAUGAUUAGGGUUUUGCCUCCUCCCAGUUGUGGUACGAACAGUGAUGAACUGAUUCAGAUCACUGGCGAUGUCUUAGCUGUGAAGAAGGCACUGGUUAUGGUAUCAAAUUUUCUUCAGAAUAGUCCACCUCUCAAUGGCUAUCCACCGCCACUUUGCAGCAAGGCCUAUGACUCAUCUACUGAAGAUCCUCACUCUGAGUUUUUACCAAGCCUGCGCUCUUCAUUGCCCAAUGCUUCUGAAACUGCUGCAUCCAAUAAUACUCAUACACCAUCAAGAAACCGUUUUCAAGAUUCAAUAGAUACAUACCGGAAGGUUGUGUUCAAACUAAUCUGCACAAGUGUUGCAGCUGGAGGCAUAAUUGGGAGACAUGGAACUAUCAUCAGAGCUAUGCAAAAUGAAGCAGGUGCUUCCAUUUCGAUCGGAGCUCCACUAAAAGCAUCCGGUGAACGUGUUGUUACCAUUACUGCACGUGAGAGCCUUGAUUCAGGGUACUCUCCUGCACAAAAGGCUCUGGGUCUUGUCUUUGCAAGAUCUGUUGAGAUUGAUGUUGGGAAAAGUCUGUUUCCGGGUGCUUUAGUGAAAGCUAAGCUAUUGGUACCGUCACAGUUUGCUAAUGACUUUGCUGGAAACAGAGAAGCAGUCAUGGUAACUGGUGUUGAUGUACACAUUCCAGUAGGUAGCCAGAUUCUAGACGGUCUUUCAGAAAAUGAACUGGUUAUAGAGAUUAUGGGAGAGUAUAAGCAUGUACAAAAGGCCUUGUGUCAGGUUUCUUCUAAGUUACGUGAGAACCUAUUACCAAAGAAGGCCGUAGAAGAAGUGAGAGCUAGAGUUAGUAAUCCAUAUAAUCUGCAACCAUCACAACAAAACACAGGAAGAGGAGAUUCUCUCUCGGUAUUAGAUGGUGAACAAGACUUGAAUAUGCUCAGAAUCAGUACAGAAGUAAUGAAGUCCAUCGAUUGUACUCAUACCGAGGCGAAUGAAGUCAACGGUUUUAUACAUCCAACAAGCUUAUUGGAGAAUGGGUUGACACAGGGAAUGAAACAGCUUCAACUUUCUAGCAAUGGAUACUUUUCUUCUUUACCACCACGAAAUAAAGGUGUAUCUUUGAGAAACGUUACCUUGGAGCUAGCUGUUGAGAAAGAUGCUCUUGCUGCACUCUAUGGAAGAGAUGGUGCCGGUUUAGACAAUCUACAACAGAUUUCAGGAGCCAGAGUGGAUGUCAAGGAUUCUCUUACAGGAGUUGAAGCGACGGUCUUACUCUCGGGGAAUCCUGAGCAAACCCAGACAGCCAUGUCUUUGUUCAUUUCAAUCCUUGCUGAUCCGUGA